CAUAUUGAGACAAUUAAGCAUUUGCUGUUCGUUCAGUAUUCGAUGCUGGUAACAUGUUUUACUCUUUCAUUGAGCUUUCUCCAGUGAUCGUAAAUAAUGUGUUUAUGCGUAUACAACCGGCGUUUAUCGGGUUUUUGCUAACUCAUCAACUUUUUAAAUGAAAAAAUGCCUUAUGGAGAUACGGCUGGAUUAUCUUCGGCUUUAAAUGUAGUGGAUGAACUUUGUGAUUCGAUUGAUAAUCGACCGCACAAGCAGAGGAAAGAAAAACCAAUUAGAAAACAUAGUAGAAGCUCUACAUCAUUUGUUGGUUAUUCUAACGAAUGCGUUCAAGACACCGAAAAAGACAGUUUAAACGAAGAAGUUGGUGUUAUAUCUGACAACCAGGAAGGAAAAUUAUCCAUGACGCCGUCACCAAAACUACAGUCUAGUAGAAAAUUACUAGGAUUAUUGACUCAAAAUAGAUCUCAUUUAUUUUUAAGCAGCUAUCCUUUUUAUCACUUAUGGAUAAAUUUAAGCUCUUUAUAUGGAAUAUGUCUUCUACUUGUGAUGUUUGCAAUCAGCUUAACAGAAAUUACCGACAAUCCGGUGAAAAUAUUCUCUUUGCAGGGCAUAUACAUGAUGUAUUUGUACAUCGGAAGCAUCGCUGUAAUAAUAUCUAUCUACAUAUGGGUUCUAAUAGAUAGUUGUUCGAGUAUAAAAUCUUUAAAAUCAGACUCCAGCGCUUUAGCCGAAGCAGCAGAACUUACACGUUUUGGUUCACUGAAAAAAGCUCACAUAUCUCCCGCUAAGACAUCCAGCACUAGUUUUUAUUUACGAAUAGGAGCAUUGGCUUUUGGACUGGGUACAUUGGUCUUCAAUGGAUUGGAAAUGGCAAUGCAUAGUAUGAUGGAAACCUCUUGUUUGAAUAAUAUCGCCUUUAUACAUCCAAUUCUACAUGCUCUGUUCACAUUUCUACAAAUGCACUUUUUAUUUGUUAAUUCUCAAGUAUUGGUGGAAAAAUUCGGUCUAGUUGCGCGAUUCGGUUUUAUGCACUUGGCGGCGACCAAUAUAGCUUUAUGGAUAAAAUUGAUCAUCUUGGAAACCGGAUUGGAAUGGAUAUACUUCGUUUAUUUGGCCCAAAAUAACGUGAUACCUGGAAUAUCAUCGAAUAUCGAAGCAGAUAUUCCGACUCCUUUGCAACUGAAAGGAUUUCCAAGAUUUUUAUCACGUCAAAAUACAAAUGUUCCAGCUUAUGGAUACAACUUAUCAUUCGCCAGCGCAGAAGCUCUAGCGAGUACAUAUAAACCAGUAUCGGAUAACCAUAUUAAGCAAAUUGUCACUUUACAUUUCUGUAUGAAUACCAAUUCUUUAGGACAACUUUGGACGUCUUCCAUGCCUUUCCUAUAUCCGUUCAUUAUUCAGUUCAGUUUGAUUGCAGCAGGAGUGACCUUCGUAAUGGGCCAAAAUGUUGGCGCUGAACGUUUACGCAAACAACAGUUUACCUAUUCGGGCAGAAAACUAAACGUAUCCAACAACAAUUGCAACAACGAUAACAAUAACAAUAAUAAAAAUUGUAGUAAUAAUUGCAUCAAACAAGAUCAGUACACGAAUGACGAACGAGUCGACUGCAAUGGGAUCAGUAAAGGUCUUUUCUUAGGGCUUCUAUGUCUCGUCGUGUUGACAGUUGUGAUAAUUAUAUUUUUAGUAGUAAAAGAGGAUAAAGAUUUUCCCUCGCAUAUUCUCUCGAUGUUAACUUUUACCGUACUUUUUUUGAUACUUACAUUAUGUCUGAUACUAAAUUGUUUCGGAUUAUACCAAAUUCGCAAACUAUCGUACAGUGGUAGAAAGAUGUCCAAGUUGGAUACGUUGCUCAAUAUGAUAUCCACCAUCGGUGUGUUCAUGUACUCGAUAUUCUCGCUGAUUGUUGGUGCUAAUGGAUUUCUGACCAGCGAACUUCACUCUAUGGAGCAUCACGCUAGUUUGAUGUUGUUCAUUAUUAACCUUCUGCAAAUAUCCCAAUGCGCUACGCAGAGCACAUUUUUGGGAGAAGCUUUUCAAAGACAAUGCUUAACUAGGCAUUUGCAAUUAACUAAACCAGGACGACAGGUGGUUACGUUUCUACUUUGCGCCAACAUUGGUCUCUGGGCGUACGACAUGUUCCUAACCGAAAGCUGGUUAAAUCAAGAAGCGCAGCUACAAUUUUAUGGCCUAUUAACUUGGGGCAUAAUAUCCAGGAUUUCGGUACCGUUACUAAUUUUUUAUCGUUUUCAUUCGGCUAUUCUAUUGCUGGAAAUUUGGCGACGUUGCUACAUUAAUAAGCAGAAAGAAAUACGCUGACUAGCUAUUCGAAAUAAAUACCAUAAGAGAUACGACUACAAGAACAGAUACCAAAAGAAAAUACACAGACGGAGGCAGACGUCGAGAUCUCUAAGUUCCAAGCAAUGUAAACAUCACUGCCGUAUACCUCCAACUUUUCCAUACUUCCAAACAUUAGUUGAUCCAGGUCGCCAUUUAAGGUACAAUUUCCAUCACCCUUACACCACGUGGGAUCAAAAUUGGAGGUAUAAUUUCCACACGUAUGGAAAUACCGCCAACGCCUUUACGAUGAAUAGUUUCAACGCUCCAUUUCGUAAAGUUCCGUGGCAUCCUAAUAUGUAUAUGCUCAAAUUUUAACUUAUUUAUUUUUCUUUUUUCGCGUAUAUGUAUGUUAUAAUAUGUAUUACUUUCACUUUUUCCUACAAUAGCUGAUAUUAAUUAAUUUCUUUCGUGCCACUUUCGUAUUUAUAUAAGGAUUCGUUCUGUUUGUAAAUUACUUUUGUUUUUUGUUGUUUUUUUUAAAAUACUUAUUUCAUCGAUAGAUAAAAAUAUUUUUCAAAGCUAGAUUUUUUCCUCUUCGAGAAACGAUAUCGUAUCUAGGUUAUACCAAUUGAAACACUUGGUUAAAUUGAUUUAUAAAUGAAUAUAUUAAGGAAAUACAACUGAAACGCGUAACUAGGCAUAAAACAUGAAAAUCUAUCGUACACAAUUGGCGUUUAAUAGAUUUAUCUCAGAAAAAAGUAUAAAUAUCUUGAAUCUGUAACACUUACAUAUUUAAAAAUCACAUAAAUAUAAAAUGACUGAUCGACGGCCAAUGAAUAAAUCAAUAUCGCGAUACGUUUAAAGACCGAAUAUAAUCAAAUCAACACCGGUGGGAAAUUCCCUUUCUUGUAAAUUAUACAACCAACGAAGGAUGCAUUUUGACCCGCAUGUGAAAUUGUGAAUACCUUUACCUACUAUGAAAUUCUCUUCACAAUGAUAUAUUUCUUAGGCACGUUCGAAAGAUGUGAAAAAAAUUAGAUAGAUUAUGUACAUUUAAAAAAAAAAAAAAGAAAAAAAAAGAAAUAAA